AUGAAGAAAACAGAAAAAGAUAUUGGGAGGCAUCAUUUCUUAGAACGGGGAUUUACAAAAGUUAUUGCAUGUAAUGGCGACCGAUUAUACGAAUCAGGUCCAGGAUAUGAGAGGGACCCUUAUGUAUGGUGCAAACCAUUGAAAGAUAACGAGCGCAAAGCGUCUGUCACCGUGUAUGCCACAAUCAAAGAAGCGAUUUUGAAGAGAGUGCAAGGCGAGAGAUUUGUUCUUCAAGUAACUUACACAAUCUCUAGUAAAGAUAUACGUUGCUUUUCCAAUUUUCGUAUUCAACCUACAAGCGAAUUUACGCUCAGAGAACGCAUACAAAGAGUCAAAAAACGGCCACGCGGUUUAGAAGCCAUCUCUGAUAACGAGUUAAAAGAAGAAUUGUUAUUGCCGAGCGAGGAUGAAUUUGCCACGUUCAAUACAAUUACGCACGCAUCCUAUGUUCUAGGAUUCUUGGAUUGCAUUGAGCGUAAAUACUGGGUUCAAAUCGGUUCAGGCAAUAGUCGUCACCAUUUCGAAGAACUUCUUCAGCAGUGUAGUAAUAUUGUUUACGGCGCCAUUAAGUCACAUACUCAUUUAUUUAAUCAGAUAGUAAAAGGUCAAUCACCUUUAGGAGUAUUAAUCAGAUCUGACUGCAAACACGCGGAUAAGAUGAUCAAAGCUUUGUUAAAGACGAACAAACAUAUUCCUCGAUUUCAUGAUAGCGAUCGUACCAAAUCUGCUCUCUCCCGUGCCAUAUCUUUGGGUAAAACUGAAGUAGUGCAUUCUCUGUUGAACUAUUAUUGCAGACGAGCAUCGGAAAAUCCAGUGUCAUGGACAAUUACUGUCGUCCCGGCAUAUAACAAAUUAAGGUUAAUGUAUCCGGACUUUGCAUUGGAAGUGAUGGAAAAGCUCAGUUAUUUGCCAUCGACAAAGAGUAUUGAAAGAAGUGGCAAGGAAGAGAAUUUUGCAUUCUCAAAAGUUGAGGAACUAACACGCGAAGCCGAUGAGACUGCAUGGCAGAAAUUCAAAACAUUUUAUUAUAAGAGUGAAAGACGGAUCGAUCACGAGGUAAUUAUGAAACAAGAAUAUAUUGGGCAUACAUUAUGCCUGUUUUGA